CCUUUCAGAUCUGCUCUGACGAAGCUGCAGCUUCUCUUCUUCAAGCUACAGCUCCUGGCUCUUCGCUUUCGACGACUAUUUGUUUCCUCAGAGAAUGUGGUGAAGAGGAAACAGUUCAGCUUGACUGCGAAAUUUUGAGAGCAUGGCAAAGUCACGCCACCAUUUCUCUUCUCAAGAUUCACCAUUAUCACCCACUUCUUCAAGAUCAAGAGAAUGGGAGGGUCCAUCAAGAUGGACUGAGUACUUAGGUCUUGAUGGGAAUUCUCCUAUUACAAGUAGAAGCUCUAAAAAUGUGGGUUCAGAUGGACAGGUCCCCAGUUCUGGUGGUGGGUCCCACAAGGGUUUGAACUUGCAGUGGGUAGUGCAGCUUAUUGAAGUUGCAGAAGGGCUCAUGGCAAAGAUGUAUAGAUUAAAUCAAAUCUUGGACUACCCGGAUCCUGUUGGUAACAAUUAUUCAGAGGCCUUUUGGAAAGCAGGUGUAUUCCCCAACCAUCCAAGGAUUUGUGUGUUUCUCUCCAAAAAGUUUCCAGACCACUUCAGCAAAUUACAACUUGAGCGUGUUGAUAAAGCUGCUUUGGAUGCUUUACGUGACAGUGCAGAAGUUCACUUACAGAGCUUGGAUCCAUGGGUACAGCUACUUCUUGACUUGAUGGCAUUUCGAGAACAAGCCUUACACCUUAUAUUGGACCUAAGUAGUACAGUUAUUACCUUAUUGCCUCAUCAGAAUUCACUUAUACUACAUGCAUUUAUGGAUCUCUUCUGUUCAUUUGUCCGUGUCACUCUCUUUUCUGAGAAGCUGCCAAGGAAGAUGAUGCUGCAAGUAUAUAACCUAUUGCAUGCUGUGUCCAGAAAUGAACGAGACUGUGAUUUUUACCAUAGGUUGGUUCAUUUCAUUGACUCUUAUGAUCCACCUUUGAAAGGACUACAUGAAGACCUAAAUUUUGUCAGUCCUCGUAUUGGAGAGGUUUUAGAGGCUGUUGGUCCUAUUAUUUUCCUAUCAACAGACACAAGGAAGCUGAGAAAUGAGGGGUUUUUAAGUCCAUAUCAUCCUCGAUAUCCAGACAUACUUACGAAUUCUGCUCAUCCAAUGAGAGCCCAAGAUCUAGCGAAUGUUACUUCUUAUCGUGAGUGGGUGCUACUUGGUUAUCUUGUUUGUCCUGAUGAGCUACUUCGCGUCACUAGUGUAGAUAUUGCUCUGGUGGUACUAAAGGAAAAUUUAGUUCUUUCGUUAUAUAGGGAUGAGUCUAUACUGUUGCAUGAGGAUUACCAAUUAUAUGUUUUGCCACGGAUAUCGGAAUCAAAAAAGAUGGCAAAAUCUGGACGAACCAGGCAAAAAGAAGCAGAUUUGGAAUAUAGUGUUGCAAAGCAGGUUGAGAAAAUGAUAAAAGAAGUUCAUGAACAAGCAUUGCUAUCAUGUGAUGCUAUACACCAGGAGAGGAGAAUAUUAUUGAAGCAAGAAAUUGGAAGAAUGGUGCUCUUUUUCACUGAUCAACCUAGUUUAUUGGCCCCCAACAUUCAGAUGGUUUUUUCUACAUUGGCUUUGGCUCAAUAUGAGGUCAUUUGGUAUUUCCAGCAUGUAGGAAUUGCAUCAUCUAAAUCAAAAGCUGCUCGAGUUGUUCCAGUUGACGUAGAUCCAAAUGAUCCAACUAUUGGGUUCUUACUAGAUGGAAUGGACCACCUGUGCUGUUUAGUGCGCAAAUAUAUUGCAGCAAUCCGGGGUUAUGCACUAUCAUAUCUCUCCUCCUGUGCUGGUAGAAUUCGUUUUCUGCUGGGGACUCCAGGAAUGGUUGCUCUUGACCUUGAUGCAACUUUGAAAAGUCUGUUUCAGCAGAUUGUUAAACAUCUUGAAAAUAUACCCAAACCACAGGGUGAAACUAUUUCUGCCAUCACAUGUGAUCUAUCUGACUUCCGUAAAGAUUGGUUGUCAAUAUUAAUGAUUGUUACAUCUGCUCGAUCUUCCAUAAACAUAAGACAUUUGGAGAAAGCAACUGUCUCCACUGGAAAGGAAGGGUUGCUAUCUGAAGGAAAUGCUGCAUACAAUUGGUCCAGAUGCGUGGAUGAACUGGAAAUUCAAUUGUCAAAGCAUGGGAGUCUGAGAAAGCUGUAUUUCUACCACCAGCACCUUGCAGCAGUCUUUAGGAACACUAUGUUUGGACCAGAGGGACGUCCACAGCACUGUUGUGCUUGGGUUGGUGUUGCCAGUAGUUUUCCAGAGUGUGCUUCACCAAUUGUUCAAGAAGAGGUGACAAAAAUUGGGCGAGAUGCUGUCCUAUAUGUUGAAUCUCUCAUCGAAUCUAUCAUGGGGGGGUUGGAAGGAUUAAUCAAUAUUCUUGAUUCUGAAGGAGGAUUUAGUGCAUUGGAGAUGCAGCUUCUUCCAGAGCAGGCAGCUUUUUACCUGAACAAUUCAUCAAGAGUUUCAAUGCCUUUGGCAAAAUCCCCAAAGGGAACAGUUUCUUUUCCUUUACCUGGCCAUGAGAGCUUUCCUGAAAGUAAUGAUUCCAUUAAAAUGUUGGAGGCUGCAAUGCAGAGGUUGACCAACCUAUGUUCAGUUUUGAAUGAUAUGGAGCCCAUAUGUGUUCUAAACCAUGUUUUUGUUUUGAGGGAGUACAUGAGGGAAUGUAUCCUCGGGAACUUCAGAAGGAGAUUGCUUAGUGCGCUGAAAAUUGAUAAUGAUCUUCAGCGGCCCUCUGUCCUAGAAUCACUUAUCCGCAGACAUAUGAGCAUAGUCCAUCUAGCAGAGCAGCACAUUAGCAUGGAUCUAACACAGGGAACUCGAGAAAUUUUACUCUCAGAGACUUUUUGUGGACCAGUUUCAUCUUUGCACUUGUUUGACAAACCAGCAGAGCAACAUACUGGAUCAGCUGCUGAAGUUGUUUGCAGCUGGUACAUAGAAAAUAUUAUCAAGGACAUAUCGGGUGCUGGAAUACUGUUUACACCCUUGCAUGAAUGCUUCAAAAGCACAAGGCCUGUCGGUGGAUAUUUUGCUGAGUCAGUCACUGACCUACGAGAGUUGCAAGCUUUUGUUCGUAUUUUUGGUGGCUAUGGAGUUGAUAGGCUGGAUAGAAUGAUGAAAGAACACAUGGCUGCACUCUUAAAUUGCAUCGAUACAUCAUUGAGAUCAAACCGAGAGGUGUUAGAGGCAGUUGCUGGAAGCAUGCAUUCCGGUGACAGAAUGGAAAGAGAAGCCUGUUUGAAGCAGAUUGUUGAUCUGGAGACCACAAUUGGCUUUUGCAUUGAAGCUGGGCAAGCACUGGCUUUUGACCAACUAUUAGCUGAGGCUUCUAGGUCUGUGCUUGAAGAGAGUGCACCCUUGAUUUGUUCAUUACUUGCUGGGGUAGUUAAGCAUAUACCUGAAGAAGUGCCUGAAAAGAAGGAAAUUAGGAGGAUGAGGGGGGUAGCGAACAGUGUUGGUUUGGCUGGUGAUCAUGAUUCAGAGUGGGUGAGAUCAAUUUUGGAAGAGGUUGGGGGUGCAAAUGAUGGGUCAUGGAGCUUGUUGCCAUAUUUGUUUGCCAUGUUCAUGACGUCUAACAUCUGGAACACCACUGGCUUCAAUGUUGACACUGGUGGAUUCAAUAACAACAUUCAUUGUUUGGCAAGGUGCAUUAAUGCUGUUAUUGCUGGAAGUGAGCAUGUUAGAUUGGAACGUGAACAUCAGCAAAGGCAGUUGCUCUCAAAUGGCCAUGUUGGUGAGAGCUUGGAUCCUGAUAUACGUGUCUCUGCUGAAGCAAGCAUAAAAUCUGCAAUGCAGCUUUUUGUUAAAUUUGCAGCCGGAAUCAUGCUAGAUUCUUGGAACGAAACUAACAGAUCUCAUCUGGUAGCCAAGCUAAUUUUUCUAGAUCAACUGUGUGACAUUUCACCAUAUCUCCCACGAAGCUCUCUUGAACCUCAUAUUCCUUAUGCUAUUCUUCGAUCAAUAUAUAGCCAGUACUAUGCAAAUUCCCUUUCAAUGCCUCUGGCACUUUUAACUGCUUCCCCACGCCAUUCACCUACUGUAGCUUUGGCGCAUGCAUCUCCUCUAACAAGGCAGCCCCGUGGGGAUUCAACUCCUCAAUGCAGUACUACUGAUUCAGCAUACUUUAAAGGGUCAACAUCACAUAGCCAGGAGCACCUUUAUGAUAGUGAAGUUGGAAGUGUUCAGAGCAUAGAACCCAAACACCAGACUCUUCGCAGUUCUGGACCUCUGGGUUACAGUUCAAGCCGUAAAGUUAAGCUCCCUGAAGGCUCAACUUCAGGGGGCAGUGGUCCCAGUACACUACCAAGAUUUGCAGUAUCAAGGUCUGGACCAAUAUCCUACAAAUAGAAGGCAGGUCAGUACCCUGCACCAAUAAGAGUAAUAAAUUAUCUGCUUAUUGUCACUACUUAGGAUUCAUUAGCUCAAAAAUUCAGAGUUGAGCACACACAAAUUUUGGCAAUAUGUAUAUCUGUAUGCACUUUACAGCUCCAUUCUAGUACUGUUCUUGAUCUUAUAAUUUAAUUUUUCAAGGGUCAUCCCUUGUAGCUAAGCUGUUAAGCAGAGUUAUAAUUGUGAAAUAUGUUUGCUUCCCCUGCUGAAAUUGUCAUCAGUGGUAGAUCUUU